AACAGUUCGUCAGUCUUAUAAAAAUGUCCGUGAUUUUGCAUUUGUUUAUCGCUAUUUUAAGUCUUAUUGUAUUAUUGCUCUUUGACUACGUGAGAAAAAUUCAAUUUUAUAAACAUGCUGCCAAAAUUCCUGGGCCGAAGGCGUUACCUAUUGUGGGAAAUGCUCUUCGUUUUAUUGGAAAGGAUUCAUCUGCUGCGCAUGAUAUAUUAUUGGAUAUUGCUGAACGAUAUGCUUCGCCAUGUCGAUUAUGGCUGGGCAAUAAAUUGUUUGUUGGAAUCUACGAACCUGAACAACUGAAAACUCUUUUAACAAGUCCAAAAAGCAUGGAGAAAGCUUCUUUAUGCAGUUUGCUUCGGCCCUGGUUGGGUAAUUCGUUGCUUAUUGCUCCAGUUCCAAUAUGGCGUGCACAUCGCAAAUUAAUUCAACCUGCUUUUAAUCCUCAAACUCUGCGAACAUUUGUGCAUAUUUUUGAUAAGCAUUCAAAAUCAUUGGUUCAGAAAAUGGAAGAAGAACUUGAAGGAGGAGAAUUUCAAGUUGGCUCCUAUAUGAUAUCUUAUUCUUUAAACGUUGCUUUAGAAAGUACAAUGGGUAUAUCGGAAACUUCCGACUCAAAAAUGUACACACGUUAUACUGAAUGUGUAAACAGAACCAUGGAACUGAUAAUGGUGCGAGGCUUGAGACUUUGGUUACAUCCGGAUAUAAUUUUCAAUCUAACCAAAAUGUCGAAGGAGUUUUACAAAUGCAUUACCUGGAUGCACACUACAGCACAUUCUAUAAUUGUAAAGAAAAAAGUUAAAUUGGAACAACCUGAUGACGCUGAAAGUGAUGAAAUCGCGAAUCAAAGAAAAGUGUUUUUGGACAUACUCUUAGACCUUCAAGAUAAACAGAAAUUCUCUGAACAAGACGUUUGUGACGAAGUGAACUUAAUGAUAGGGGCGGCAUAUGACACUGUGGCAGUCAGUCUUCAGUAUAUAAUGUUGAUGUUGGCAUCCUAUCCUGACGUUCAGGAAAAAUUGUAUCAGGAGUUGAAGCAUAUUUAUGGUAAGGUCAUUCCAGAAAAUCUUUCUGUUGCGACUGAAGACUUGAAAAAAAUGAAAUAUACAGAAAGAGUGAUUCAGGAAUCAAUGAGACUGUUCCCCACCGUACCAUUUCUAACACGAAAAGUAGUACAAGAUCUUGAAAUAGGAGGCUACACAUUGCCGCAAGGUUCUACAGCUUUUAUCUCGGUUAUAAAGGUUCAUCGCGAUGAAAAAUACUGGCCUGAUCCACUGAAAUUUGAUCCUGAUAGAUUUCUUCCAGAAGAAGUCGCGAAACGGAACCCAAACUGUUAUAUGCCCUUUAGUAUUGGACCAAGAAACUGUAUAGGUUCUACAUAUGCUAUGAUGGAAAUGAAGACGGUUGUAGCCAAAAUUCUUCUUAAAUAUGUUUUAAAAAAGGAAAAGAUUCAACCCAUCUUAACUAUUAAACAAAGAGUGGAAAUCGUGGCUCAUCCUGUUGAACCAAUUACUAUAGAAAUUGUUAAAAGAUUACCAAAUACAUUUAAUACCUAAAUUUUUUCAAUCUUAAUUAAGAACUCUGUAAGCUUCAAGGAUACGUUCUCAGCGCAACACUCGCGUAUCAUAUUCGAUUUUUGACAACAAAUUUUAAGUUUAUAUUUAUCUUUUAUAAGCUAACUUUUAAUUAAAAGUUUGAAUCUUUACC